AUGGCAUCUAUUGCAACUGCAUCCAUAUUAACAAUAGUCGAUAAAAUUAUUGAACGAGCAAAUGAAGUAAAGGUGUGUCAAGAUCAUAUGAAACUAAUAAUAACUAGUUUAACACGUCUUCAACAUCGGCUUAAUGAUAAAUUAAUCGUAUUAGACGAAACUCGUUCACAAGAAGAUCUUGUAGAAAUACUAAAAGCCAUCAAUGAAAUUGUUAUUAGUUGUGUGAAAAAUGAAAACCUUCUUAAUGGGAUGACUUACAAGGAUCUUGAAUCUGUACUACUUCGUCUUCAAUAUCGACUAGCUCAAUAUGAAUCUAAUCUAGCAAAUGACUGUGAAAUUAGAGUCCAAAUAUUAUCUGACGCUUUACAAAACCAACGGCUCUGUGUUACGAAAUCUUCUGAUGAGACAUUGAUACAACGAUUAGAUGCACUUGAACAACAAACGAAGAAAAAUAUCAUAGAAAAACUUUGUCACUUACGUGAAAAACAUCUCAAAACGAUCGAAUCUUAUCUUCGUACUUGUAUUGAAUUACAUCAAUGGGAACUUAUUCCUGGUCUCACUAGUGAUAUUGUUGCCAAAGUUGCCAAUUUUUUCUAUCGAAUCUCUAGCAGAGAACAAAUGAUAUUAGAAAAUGAAUGGCGAUCAUGUAAAUUUCCUAUCAAACGCACAUUCAUUCGAUUUAAAGCCGAUAAAUUGACACCAUUCGAAAGAAACGGGUUGCAACGAUUAUUGCCGAAAGAUGAAGACAAUAUGGUACAAGGUGUGCAUACUAGAAGAGAAAGACUCAGAGAAAUGUGGGAACAAUUAGUAUCGACUCCCUACACGAAAUCUGUUGUUAAGACAGAUCAUUGUUCAGAAGUUUAUGAUAUGAAUGAGGAACAGUUUCUUCGGAAUAAACGUUGGAGUAUUAUUUUGGGUGACCCAGGAAGUGGAAAAACAAUUUUUGUUCGAUGGCUUGUUUAUCAUCUUGCUCAAACACUUCUUCUCAAUGAACAGCACUCAACUGAUUAUGGCCCUCUUCGUAUACCAAUUCUAAUUCGUAUUAGUGAACUUACCGUAGCAUUGAAAGAACAACCAUCACUAACAUUAUUUGAUUAUAUUGGAAAACACAAAUGGAUGAAAGAGCCAAUUGUUGAUGAUUCAUCAAUCUCUUCAGAUAAUAUAUCAUAUGCUCUUCAAGAUUACAUUCAGCAAGGUCAAGCUUUAAUCAUACUUGAUGGUCUUGAUGAAAUUCAUGUUCCAGAUCAACGCUUAAAAAUCAUUAAUAUUAUUGAAAGUUUUGUAAACACUUACGUUCAGACACCCACAGAUAGUUCAGCUAUCAACAAUGCAUACUUAAACAAGCUAUUGGAUGAUCCAUCUCGAUCUGGAGGUAAUCAAUUGAUCGUUACAAGUCGCAUAGUCAGUUAUCAUACUACUUCAUUAUCGGGACAAUUUUCUAGCUACAUAAUUCGACCUAUGGAUACGAAAUAUAUAACAGAUUUUGUUGAUUAUUGGUUUUUUCGUGUGCAUCAACAUAUAAUUGACAUGUUAAAUCUUCCAGCAGUUAAUCAAGCAGAAAAUCAUAGUGAAGCGCUGAAAAAAGAAUUAGAAAAAACAAUGAAUGCUAGUCUUCUUGAAAUGGCUUCGAAUUCUGCUCUAUUAUCAUGUAUUUGUACUGUAUAUUUUAGUCAAUUAGACGGUUCACCAUUACCUACUCAACGUUUUCUUCAAUAUGAAUUAAUUGUUAAACAAGUGUUAAAUUUUUGGCGUAUUAAAGUACCGACUGUAGACCAAUCACAAGUGAUUCAAAUUUUGAGUGACAUCGCUUUUUGUAUCAAUCAAAAUCCAGCAUCGAAUUUUAUUAACAAUGAACAGAUAAAAGAAGUUUGUAUUCAAAGGACCAAAACUUUCAUAAACAAACCAUUAGUAACGACAGAUGAUAUCAAUGAUUUUGAAAGGCAAGCAUCUGAAAUGGCACAAAUCAUUUGUGAUGAUAUUGGUAUUUUAGUUCCGCGACCUGGAUCACUUUAUGGUUUUCUUCAUCAAGCGUUUCAAGAAUAUUUUACUUGUUUAAAACUCAUCGAGACACAUACACCAAUAAAACAGAAGAGAUUCAUUACUGAUGUGUUUGAUCGAGACAACCAAAUUCAACUUAUCACUCAAGUGUUGUCUCGUCACGUCACUGAUCUACGGUUUCGUGUACCAAUCGCACUGGCUUUAGGGAAAAUUAGUUCAUCUUGGUCCCAAAACGAUUUUGACGAUCUUUGCUACGAGUUAAUACAAGCUCAAUAUGAAUAUGACUGUUUUUUACCACUUGGUGCUUAUAUAUUAAUUACUUGUGUCGAUGAAUUUGUCAAUUAUCCUUCGAAUGACAUACUGUUCGAUGCUUUAGAACGUUUAAUAAUUGCCGCUGGUCAACAUAAAUGGUGGAUUGUUUGUCCGUUUUUACUCGAUCAAAUAAUAAACGUACUAAGAAAAUUUCGACAGAAUAUUGUUUCAUUAUGGAUUAAUAAAUUUUUAUCUGAAUCGUCUCGACAUGAUAUUCAAACCAUAACAGCUCUUUGCAAACUUCUCGAAGGAAGACCUCAUGAAUUUGAAAAUAUUCAAUGGUUAGAUCAAACAUCUUGUUCAAUGCUUCAAUCGUUAUUAACUCUUGAUAACGGAAAUAGUGAAUUUGCUAUUGAUCGAUUAUUAGUUAAAAUUGCUUUCUCAAAUCAUCAGUUAUUACCUUCGAAUUCAACUACGUUCAAAGGUUUCCUAAUUGAUAAGCAAAUUGAAAGAAAUUCAAUUCCUGUUCUUCUCUUUCCGUUAAUUAUUGCUUUAUAUGGUGGCUUGGCACGAGAUGGUCAAAGCGUUGUCUUCAAUCCUUGGCAUAUUCAUCGAGAAUCAUCUGUAUUAACACCAAUUUUAAUACGUUUUCUUUCUGCAAAUGAUCGUGAAAAACAAGAUCAAAAUUUAAAAAAACUACAACAAGAAUGUUUACAAUCUUUUAUCAUGCGAAUGGAAAAACAUGACGAAUCUUUAGAAGCAGUUGAUUUGUGUAUUGCAGCUAUUUGCUUAUAUAACAUUGAAUAUAUCCAUAAUAAUUUAGAUAUUAUUUCCCAUUCUUUUUUACGUAUUUGUAUGAAUAGAUUAAAAUAUAUUUCAAUGAUUUUACGUCAAUUCUACUUUACUAUGAAUGAAAAUGAUCUAUCCAUGGAAAAGGAAACCACAAAAUUUAUUUCAACUAGUAUCAACAAAUUUCAAUUUGUUGAAGCAGCAAGAUUUUAUUUUCUUGAUAUGUUAAAUUCACUAAGAAGUAGUGUAGCUCGUUUACGAUCUUCGACAACAUCAAUUUUAUUGGAAGGUUUAUCAGAACCUGAUAAACGAGUGACAUUACAUCUACCUAAUUCUCUGCGAAAUGAGAAUCAAUUCCUUAAUGGUCUAAUGUCAACUGCUUUGAAUACAAUACCGGAAUAUUUACUAUUUCGAAAUGAUGAAGAUAUUAUAACUUCGUUAACAUUUGUUCCUUCACAUUUACAGAAUCUUUAUAUUCGAUUAUUGAAAGAAAAAUUUAUUAUAAUCAAUCCAAAAGAUUCAAUAGCCAAUAGCAAACAACAUCUUUAUUUUGGUCACAUUCUGACUGAAUGUUUAAUAUCUUUAUCAAAUGCAUCGUGCAAGAGAUUGUCUAUUUUAGGCGCUUUAAUCAACCUGUUACCUUGGCUUCGAAUGCAGCAAUUAGAAAAUUUUGCAAGUAGUCUUUUAUGGACAUUAGCUAUAGAUGAUUCCAUUCUUUUGGAUAUUUAUGAAACAAAAAGAAAACGUCCAACCAAUUAUGAAACUGGUCAAUACAUGGACAGAGAUACAGACUUUUUCAAAGGAUCUCAUCUAAAAGAUGAAAAACGGAAAACAAUAAUCCGAACUAAUAUCGAACAAGAAUAUCAAAGACUUCAAAAUGCUUCCAUUAAUAAUGAUCAAAAAAAUUUUAAACUCUAUUCUGCAUCAAUCUCCUUGGCACAUAUUUGUCGUUGGACGGACGAUGAAAGAAAAUUAUUUUUAUUAGAACAAUGUAUAAAUAGUGCCAUGUCAAUUCAAAAUCAACCUGUUCGUCUUGAUGCAUUAUGUCUAAUUGCUUUAUACUCACAUUCUGACUAUGAUAAAAUUAAAGUAGAUAGAGACAGAUCUCUAAAAAUGGAAAUCGAACGUCAAUUCAAUGAAAUUUAUCCAAAUUUACCUCUUCUAUUACAAACAGCUAUUUUUAUUCGAUGUUUACCUUUACUUCUAAAUUCACAAGCAAUUGACGAUUGUCUUCAAAAUCUCAUUGGUAAAUUGAAUGAUAUAGAUCAACGAGAUCGGCAAGCAGUCAUUGAAGCCUUGUUACCAUACAUGGAAUUGAAUUAUACUUUUUCAUAUAUUACAAAUCGUUUUUCAUAUUCUUUACAAGACCACAAUAGAAACAUAUAUAAUAAAUCUUCUGCUUUGAAGAAAUAUUUUGAUAUUAGUACACAUGAAAAUCUAUCGUUCUCAUUAUCUAUUUCAAAUUUAUAUCUUGUGGAAUUAGCCAAUGAUUUUCAUACUAUUUUUCAAGCGGAUAAUCGUCAAUUUAGCAUCGAUGAGUCGAUUGAAACAAAACUAUUUCAAGUCGGAAAAAGUAUUUUGAGAGAAGAACAAGUAUUAACAAUAACUAAUAUUCUUAACUUCGUUUCAUUAACAAAUCAAUAUAAUCAGUACGAGAAACUUUGGGUUAUCUUAAAUAAUUCUCUUCAUUGUAUGACUUGGGUAGAAUUAAAAGCAUGUCGUUUGUUAGAAUCUUGGCUGAAAUGGAAAGAAUCAAAUGAAUUAUCUUGUUUUGCCUAUCAUGCUGCACUUCUUCUAAUUAAUUCUGACAUAUGGUCUGUCGAAGCUACAGCAAUCGUAUGUGACCUUUUAUCUAGUGACAAUGAUCGUUUUCGUCAGAGAGCUGAAAUAUUGUCACGAUCAUCAAAUGAACAUGAUGUUCGAACUAGUUCAAAAUUGAGUAUCAACGUUAUAUUAACUUUACUUAAGAAAAAAGUUCAGUAUCAAUUAACUUCAGCAUCUGUUAAGCUCACAUUGGGUCAUUUGCUCAAAAAUAUAAAUAUAGAUGUUCAAUCUCAUCUAGAAACAUUACUUUGGCUAGAAAGAUACAGAAUACAUGCAUUGACCAAUAAGCAAUAUUCCUUUAACGAUUUAAGAUCAUCGAAAAAUUCUUAUGUAACUUCAUUUUUUUCAACUGAUAUAGCGAUAGAUGCUGGUCCUUAUGCUAAUUUGUUUCGACUGUCUCGUGAUUUGAUAACAUAUAUGUGUGAUAUGAUUGCAUCAAAUUUUUCUUUAUUUCNCUCAAGUUUUUCUUUAAGUCGAUCAAUAUCAUUUUCAAGAAAAUUUUCUUCCUCUUGA